AUCAAAAACAAUGCAAAUUAUCAAUCUUGGGAAAGAGGAAAAAUACCUCUGCUCUGGAUCACAGGAGGACCAGGAAAAGGCAAAACCAUGCUCUCAAUCUUCCUGACGGAGCACCUUGAGCAGGAACUAUCAAAUGAAAAAAUAAAACAAGUCGUGUACUAUUUCUGCAUUCACCAAAAGCAUGAUAAGGGUACGGAUCUAUUACGGAGCCUUAUAUAUCAAAUUAUAAACAAACGGCCAGAGCUUGCUAAAAACGCCUUCCCAUACCUAGAGAUGCCUGAGCGAAGAGCUCAUACUUUGUCUUUCUGGGCUUCUCUUUGGAUCAUCUUCCAAAAGAUCAUUGCUGACGCGACACUGGGCCACAUAUUUUGCAUAGUGGAUGGGUUUGAUGAGUGCGACGAGGACACGCAAAGAUUUCUUGUCCCAAGAUUCGUUGACCAACUUGGUCUCCAAACCUCGCCAAAUCAGCCCGAGAAUAUUCUUAGGUUCGUCAUCGUGAGCCGCGAUGUAGAUGGGCUAGAGGUCUGCAAAAAGGUGAAUCCCGACAAAGACCAUGUUAGCAAUGGUGGUGGCGAUAUCGAGCUUUUCGUUGGCGAAAAGGUGCAUGAAUUAUUUCAGAGGAAGAGAUUAGACAACACUUUCCGCCCAACAGUACAGGAUGCCCUACUUUCAAGAGCUAGUGGCACAUUUCUAUGGGUAGGCUUUGUCGUCAACGAGCUAUUGAAGAUGCGUACGUGGAGCCAGGUAUGCCAGCAGUUGGAGUCACUGCCGGUUGAUCUGAGUAAUAUGUAUGAUCGUAUAUUGCUGGGGAUUCCUCCGGACAACCAAAAAACAUCAUCGCUGAUAUUACAAUGGGUCUGCCUUGCCCAACGCCCCCUGGAAUUCGCAGAACUAGCUCAAGCUUUAGGUCUGCAACCAACCCUCCAGAUCAUCUGCUCCAAAGACAUCGAUCCAGUACCUAAAUCUGUCCUUCUCAAGAAGACAACCAUGGAUGCAAUAUCCUUGUGUGGUCAAAUGCUGAAAGUUGAGCAUGAAGAGGUUACACUCAUCCAUCAAUCAGCAAGAGACUAUCUAUUGCGCAGGAAUAGAGAUAGUAACAACAUUUUGGAGUUCUUUCGCAUUCGACAGAAGGAAACACAUCGCCUGAUCGCCCGCAUAUGUUUCGACUAUAUUGCGGAAAAGAGUGACUCUCGGGCUAAAUCGACGAAUCCAGAAGCAACUGAUUCAGAGUCUUCACCACUCUUUCGUUAUGCGGCCUAUCAUUGGGAUACACAUGCCCGACUUUGUCUUGAUGCUGCAAAUGAGCUCUACAAUGACUUAUACCAAUUUUUCGAACCCGACUCCACGCUACGUACAAAGUGGUGGCAAUCAUUUAUCCAGAUGCGAUGGAAUUGGGAUUAUAGUGGGAGGACUCCGUUAUAUGCCUCCUGCCAAAGCGGUGUCGUCGAAAACGUACGGUUGCUUAUCGAGAUGGGAGCUGAUAUCUGGGUCAAGGAUGAUAAGGGCGGUACAUUGCUUCAUAUGGCGGUUGAUUCAGGAAGUGAAUCAAUGGUCCGACCUUUUCUACAUAAAGGACAAGACUUCCAAGCGAAAAAAAAAGCUGGCAAGACGCUAUUGCAUCAAAUCGCUUGCAGCAUCGUUCCAAAAGAUGGAAUGGCAAUCUUCAGGCUGCUGAUAUCUCUAGGAGUAGAUAUCAACAGAAAAAACUAUGAAAGUUCAACAGCUCUGCAUAUGGGGGCAAAUGUAAUCUACCCCGAAAUAGUACAGCCCUUGAUCGAGUAUGGAGCCGACAUUGAAGCGAGGGAUACAUCGGGCAAGACAUCAUUGUAUUGUGCCAUUCUUGCGCGUAGCCAGGGCUUGAUGAAAAGUCAUCAUACAGAAACCAUCAAAGUAUUGAUCCAGGGCGGUGCUGAUGUCAGCGCUCGAGACAAUCAAGGAUAUACACCGUUAGACUAUGCAGGCUCACUAUUUAAGGAAGAAGUGGGAACAUGGAUUAUGGAAAGGAUGCUCAACUAA